GGGUCCUUCAGACUGCCGACAUGGCUGCCUUCCGCAGAGGCUGUGCGCGCUGGCAGCAGGUGCGCUUCCUCGGCGCUCGCGCACCCGGGAGGACUUUCGCAGGGACGCACCACUACGAUCUCGUGGUUAUUGGCGGCGGUUCUGGAGGCUUGGCGUGUUCCAGAGAAGCAGCCCAGUUGGGACAAAAAGUGGCCGUUUUGGACCAUGUCCAACCUUCAGCGAGAGGCACGGCGUGGGGUCUCGGCGGUACUUGCGUGAACGUCGGCUGCAUUCCCAAGAAGCUCAUGCACCAGGCUGCACUGCUGGGUGUUGCCAUGGACGAUGCUGGGAAGUUUGGCUGGAGCAUCCCUGGACCAGUGUCACAUGACUGGUCCACUCUAGCACAAGCUGUGCAGAACUACGUGAAGUCCCUGAACUGGGGACACAGGGUUCAGCUACAGGACAGGAAGGUGAAGUACUUCAACACGAGAGGCAGUCUGCUCGACAGACACACCGUCAGAGGCCUGGAUGCCAAAGGAACGGAGAUGACUCUGACAGCCAGGAACAUCGUAAUAGCCACUGGUGGACGACCCAGAUACCCCACGCAUGUCCCUGGAGCACGGGAGUUUGGCAUCACCAGCGAUGACCUCUUCUGGCUCAAAGAGUCUCCCGGUAAAACGCUAGUUGUUGGAGCCAGCUAUGUGGGAUUGGAGUGUGCUGGUCUCCUCGCAGGCAUUGGCCUGGACGCCUCUGUGAUGGUGCGCAGUGUUGCCCUCCGUGGGUUUGAUCAGCAAAUGGCCCAGCUGGUGACGGGGCACAUGGAGGCGCGUGGGACCCGGUUCCACUGGGGCUGCGUUCCCACAUCAGUAGAGAAGCUUCCGUCUGGACUGCUGCAGGUGAAGUGGACGGAAGUGCGGAGCGACCUGGAGCGAGUGGAGCGGGAGGACACGUUCAGCUCUGUCCUGUGGGCCAUAGGUCGAGUUCCAGAGACGACAGGCUUGAACCUGCCACAGGUCGGCGUGCAGCUACACCCGGACACGGGCAAGAUCGUCGUGGCAACAGAUGAGCGCACCACCGUGUCCAAUGUGUACGCCAUCGGCGACGUUGCGGAGGGUCGUCCUGAGCUCACACCCACAGCCGUUAAGGCGGGUAAACUCCUGGCCCGCAGGCUAGCAGGACAGUCCAAUCAGCUCAUGGACUACCACAGUGUUCCUACUACAGUGUUUACUCCAUUGGAAUAUGGCUGUGUAGGUCUGUCAGAAGAGUCAGCAGAGAGCAGAUAUGGCAAAGACAAUAUAGAGGUGUAUCACGCCUUUUACAAACCACUGGAGUUCACCAUUGCGGAGAGGGAUGCUAGUCACUGCUACGUCAAGGUGGUGUGUGAUCGUGCAGGUGUGCAGCGUGUGCUGGGGCUGCAUUUCACUGGGCCCAGUGCAGGUGAAGUGAUUCAGGGCUUCGCUGUCAGCGUUAGGUGUGGUUUGACCUACGCCCAGCUACGAGACACCGUGGGCAUCCACCCAACGUGUGCAGAGGAGCUGACCAAAAUCCACAUUACUAAGCGUUCCGGUCUAGAUGCCACGGUAACUGGUUGCUGAGGUUAAGCCCCGCCCCUCCCUUCCACUACCCUGAGCAGACAGACCCUUCAGAUGGAGGAAGUGAUGUCGUCGUCGGACCUUCGUGACACAUUCUGUGUUAGGAUCUCACCUGUAUUGUCCUCGUGGGGGUAGACGACCUCUGCACUCUCUCCGUCCCGCACGCAACCUGUCACUGCAGUGACCUCUCGCUUGGCUCUGGUGCUCGCGUUACGUCGUUACUGGGCUCCUGCUCUCAGGUGGCGGCAUGUAGCUGCGAUUUAAGGGGCGUUCACUGGCGUGGGCUGCAGCCACAGCGGCAGCUGGCAGGGCGGCGCUACCACUAAACAGGCCUCUGAGUCAGGACUAGGGCCCCAUUCCGCUCUGCAGGGACAGAUUCCGAAAGGUUUCCGAAGCGUUUUCUGUGAAUAUUGUUGUUUCUCCCGCUGUACUUCCUGCCCAUUACUCAUGCGCCACCGCUGACACUGAUGGAUGGGAUAGGCCUGUCGCCACGGUGACACCACCCUGUUUCCCAGGGAUGCAGACAAACACUCGGCGAGGAGCCUGUCAGUCAAAUACGAAGGCCAGUCCUAGGCUGAGAGGGUGCUUGUUUGGACCUGGGUUACAGCCAUUUCCCCCGGAGCACUGAGAGAAUGUGGAGAGAAAACACACACGCGCACACUCAUUCUGUUUCUCUCUGUCUUUGGGCUAAUAGCCAUACAGACUCCAGCAACCUGAUCAGAGUUUGUGUUAUUAACUACCUCUACCUGAAGGUGGCAGUAUGAGUCUCCCUUUCUCCUCCUGUCUACACUGAGGUUGGACUAGCUGAGAAGCUGUGGGACGACCGUGAGCAGUUUAGUCAUGAAUUGUGAAGAUAAAAUGCAGAAUUGAAGGUUUUAUUGAUGGCUGGCAUUGUAGGUGUUGGAGCUGAUGUUCUUUCCAGAAGAUAAAGCUCAUCUCUGGUCUGGUUGGCUGGCUGGGUCACCUCUUGUCUCCACAGGUACGGCAGUUUCACUGAGGUCUUACUUCAAAAAAUCCACCCACGCUGUGAUGACACAAUGUGGAGCCUUCGGUUCGAAGCAGUGAUGUCGUAAUGGGUGCUUCACAUAUAACCAGUGAUGUCAUAAUUGGCUCCUCAGUGGUGGAGGAUGUCUUGGUAACUGCUCCUCAUUGUGGUCUGAGCGUCUUUCCACAGCCGGUUUGGACUCUGUUAACGAGUCUGUCGGGGGAGGGGUGGCCCAUUCACACUGGUCCUGUGUUCAUGAAGCUCUGGACACUCUGAGCCAUCGGAGUUGUUGUUUUUUUUUUUUUCCCCCUGGAUUUGAUCUGCCUAGCCACUCUGAUUAAUGAGGUCCAAAGUGAAGUGACAAGUUGUCACGGAGAUGUAGAGAAGCCUGGGCUACCAGGUUUAUUUUUACCUAGAGAGAGCAGGAGAGAGAGCGAGGUCCUGUGUUCCUGUUUCAGGGAUGACUGAAAAACCCUGACCCCAGUACACCGCCACCAACAGCUUGACUCAUUCUUUCACAAACACACACACGCACAGAGAGAGACGGGGGUUGUCAAAAGAGUGUAUCCAGCAUCAUGUUGUCAGAGUAAGUGAAUACGCCCCUCUGCUAAGUGGAGUUUUGGUGGAAGAGAUGUUUCCUGGGAAAUGGAGUCCUGGAGGUUUUUAACUUGUAGCUCAGUGUGACUCAGGCUCAACAAAGAGAGUCAUCGUUGUUUUUAAACGUUGACGUAUGACAGACAUGUACAUGUAACCUCCAGGGUCCCUCAGACUGUAGCUUCAUCUUGUAAACACACACACACACACACACCCCAUCUACACACUCUGAAGGGUCAGGUUCAACUUUCCAGGGGCCAGUUAAUGAUGACUUGCGCUAAAAGCCUUAUUGGAAAGUGUAGGUCUGAUGUCGUCUAGUGCCCAACUGUUUACUGUGUACAUAGUGAAGGCUAAUUUGAUAUAAAGCAUUUGAAUUGCAUAUGUUGUGUGAGGUAAUAAAUCAUGAGAGUGUAAUGA